AUGCUUGGCAACCCGUCGGAGAACAGUAUCGAGAUCGGCAAGCGCAUCAGCAAUUGGGACGUUGUGAACGUUCAGGAAGAUUUCAACUACCACGCUUAUGUCUACUCGGAGAACUCGCACCUCUAUCGAACCGCAACGAGCGGAGGUAUUCCAUUCGGUGAUGGGCUCAACACUUUGUCGAACUUCUCGUUCAGCAACAUCACCGAUUUGACGCGCACCAAGUGGAGUGUCUGCAGUACGUUUGAUGGUGCCGAUUGCCUCACCCCCAAGGGCUUUACGUUCCUCGAGAUUCAGCUAGCCGAUGGAGUCACAGUUGACCUCUACAACCUGCACGCUGAUGCGGGUGUCACGGCUGCUGACGAAGUGGCUCGGGCGGCAAACCUCGCCCAGCUCAGUGAGUUUAUCACUACUAACUCAGCUGACAAUGCUGUCAUCGUCAUGGGGGACACCAACACUCGCUACACUCGUGCGGACGAUACCAUUCGGGAGUUUGUGGAAGGCCUUGGUCUCACGGACGGCUGGGUAGAAUACGUUCGCAACGGGGUAUACCCGACCAAAGGAGCGGAUGCUAUCGUGUGUGACGCAAACAAAAUGACCAACAAUUGUGAGGUGGUCGACAAGAUCAUGUUCCGUGGCAAUAACUACAUCACUCUAACACUUGACAAGUGGAAUAACGAGAACGCUGCCUUCCUGGAUAGCAAUGGAGCUAUGCUGUCGGACCAUCCGCCGAUAUCAUCCACUUUUUCUUGGACAUUAAACGACGAGAUUCGUCUGAGCAACGCUGUUGGAGGACCGCAUGGAGACCAAUUCACGGACGUUGCAUCAGCAGCCGGAGGCCAAACCGUGAAAUCCAUCACGUUGCGAUCGGGAUCGCGUGUAGAUGCAGUAAGCAUCUCGAUCUCAGCACCAAGCGCAACGACGUUCUCACAUGGCGGCACUGGUGGCACCGCAAAAACACUGACUCUGUCUUCUGGCGAGUAUAUUACAUCCAUGCAAGCUCACUGGAGCAAAUACAACGGCCGUACGCGUAUUUUCUAUCUCAAGUUCACAACGAAUCUGGGCAACACACUGUCGGGAGGGCUCCUCAAGAGGCUUUAA